AUGUGUCAUAAGGAGCCAUCAGCUGUUGUUCAUUUUGAGACUAUGCCUGCAUAUCAAGGCGAUGACUUGGUGACUGAUAUUCGGGUGGAUGGGACUCACUUGUACGAAAAAUACAAGGAUUGUCUACUAGUGGCAGUUUCACAGGAUGACAACAACAAUAUCAUCCCAAUUGCGUUUGCUAUUGUGGAGGGAGAGACUUCUGAUGCGUGGCACUUUUUCCUUAGUAACCUUCGUCAGCAUGUUGUCACUUGGGAUGGUGUGGGACUGAUAUCCGACCGUCACGAAUCCAUAAAUGCAGCUGUGGAAAGGAGAUAUUCGAGGACGGUGCGGGAGUACGAAGUGCGUUACCAGCGGUUACGAGAACGGGGCGAGGCCUACACUAACUGGUUAAACCGAAUCCCCCGCGAGCAGUACGCGUUGGCUUUUGAUGGUGGAUAUCGAUGGGGUCAUAUGACGACGAAUCUAGUGGAAUGCAUCAAUUCAGUAUUGAAGGGUGUACGCAAUCUCCCUGUUACUGCCCUUGUGAAGGCAAUAUUCUACAUGCUUAACGAGUUGUUCACCCGGAAAAGAGAUGAGGCGGAAGCUCGGAUUAAUGCUGGCCAUGUGUUUUCUGAUGUCGUAACCUCGAAGUUGCAUGCAAACCAACUUGCAUCAGGAAACAUUCAAGUUAGUUGCUUUGACCGGCAGAAUGAAGUCUUUGAGGUGCGUGAGAUGCCAAGUGAACUGGAGUUUGCAGUCGACCUACGUGGCCUUCGAUGUGACUGUGGUGAUUUCCAGGUGGACCGGAUCCCCUGUCGACAUGUGUUCGCAUGUUGUGCCAACCAGCGACUAGAUUGGCAAGUGUAUGUGCAUGAUGUGUAUAAGAUGGACCAAGUUCGGCGGGUGUACCGAGCAAGGUUUAGGCCACUAGGUAAUCCCACUACAUGGCCUACUUACAAUGGACCUCGGUUCAUGCCAAAUCCGUUCCUCAGACGCAUCAUGAAAGGUCGCCCCAGAAUGACGCGCUUCUUGAAUGAGAUGGACACGCGAAUGUUACGUUGGCCUAGGCGAUGUAGGCCAUGUGGAGCUGAGGGACACAGCCGAAGCAGAUGCCGUUAG